AUGCCUAACAGAGGACCAACUCUGAUCAACCUGCCCCCGCCUCCUUCAGAUCCCGCCACACCCAGCGAGAUGGGUCCUGGCACACCAAACUCGACCACCACAUCUUUGUCUGCGUUGUCGGUUGUAGCGAUCAAAGACGGCGCAAUGGGCCAUGGGGGUCGAGGCGCAACAAGUUCCGCAAAUACUCUCGAAGCCGAACGAGCCGACCGCAUCUCCCGUCUUGCUGGUCUUGAACGAGUCGCAACCUCUAGACCAACCCCCCUAGGGCAUCUGGUACCAGGCACUGGGGUUAUCUAUGGUCAGGCAUUCGACAACGCACCUCAGUUCAAAGAAAGAAGUACAGUGGGCAGCGCUAGCGCAACGGGCAGUGUCGGAGGCCGUACCACAUGGGCGAGCGGCAGUAUUGACUACGAUGCAGACAAGAUGAGCGAGGACCCGGACGACGGAGUUUCUAGCACAGGUGGAUUCAGCGACGAAGAUAAAGCCAGUCUGGUUGGAUUCGGAGAGGGCGCAGGCAGUACAGUGAGUGGUCCGGUAUCGACACCAUACAACACGCGCGCGCCAAUCUCCCGUACGAGCACGAAUGUCGUUGCCCCCUCAACUCCGCGCACUGGGAAUAUACCGGCGUUUGGUUUUGGAUCAGGUCAAAGCACGCCCAUGAGUGGAAUCACGCCGAGUGCCGCUGCAGGAAGCACAGAUCCCAAGAUGAUGGAUGGCAUGAGUUAUGAUCAGAACAUCAUUGAUACCACCAUGCAGCCUGCCCCACCCGUGGAUGAGCCCCCUGUGUAUCGCCAGUCGACCCGGUUCUCAGGGAUGGGUACUGAGAUGGCAGAGCAAGUCAUGCGGGAUCGGUUGGGCGGCCUAGAGCAGGCGCAGCAAUCUAUGCAUCAGGGCGACGGACAGAGUCUGGGUAGGUUUCCUUUCGAGAAGGAGUAG